GGCACAAAGAGAGGCGGCCGGCAUUGGGCACUGGGGCUGCAGUGGCUGCGGCCUCCCACUCGGCCCACCACACCCAUCGCCAGUAUAAAAGGCUGCAGCAGCAUCCUGAGCAUCAUUCUCAGCAGCCCCACAGCUCUUAGAACUCACUCACCAUGUUCAUGUACGUUCUGCCCAUGCUCCUGGCCGCGGCCACCGCUAGCCAAAUCACCCCCCUGGCCUACUCGGCUAACCUGGCCUACCACACCCCCCUGACCUACGCCGCCGGCGCUCCCCUGGUCAAGACCGUUGCCGCCGCACCCGCUCAUCUGUCCUACGCCGCCGCACCCGCUCAUCUGUCCUACGCCGCCGCUGCCCCUCUGGCCUACGCCGCUGCCCCCGCCCUGACCUACGCCGCCGCCGCCCCCGUCGUUAGGACCGUUGCUGCUGCCCCCGCUAUCACCUACGCCGCUCCCGCCCCUGUGGCCGUGCAGGUGCCCCUCCAGAAGACCGUGCACUACGCCAACACUCCCGUCGUCACCGGCUACAGCAGACAGAUCCUGAAGCCCGCUUUCCCCGGCGGCCACGGACUCGCCACCCCUGCCGAAAUCGUCUCCAAGCAGAGCGUGAUCGCCCCCGCCCGUUCCGUCCAGACCAUCACCCCCCAGCUGACCCGUGUGGAGCCUGAGGUUGUCGUCUCCAAGGUCGCCGUCGAUGUUCCCGUCCACAGGCCCGUGCCCGUUGAGCAGGUCGUCCGCUCUUAUGCUCCCCAGCAGAUCGUGCCCGUGCCCGUCGCCCCCGCCGUGAAGACCAUUGCCGCCCCCGUGGCCUAUGCCGCUCACGCCGCUCCUCUGGCCUACGCCGCCCACGCCGCUCCUCUGGCCUACGCCGCCCGCGCCGCUCCUCUUGCCUACGCCACCCACGCCGCUCCUCUGGGUUACGCCGCCCCCACUGUCGUCAAGACCAUCGCCUAAGAAUCUCACAAGACCUCCAUCGAAAACGAUUUUAGACUGAUGGUGUGAAUUGACACGCACCUUCAUGGGCAGUAAGGAAUGUAUGUGAACACCUGAAUAAAACUAUUUAUGAGUGAGAAGUAUGAGAACAACAGAAA